AUGCUGAUUACGCUUACUACGGCUCUACUCGCCCUGAGUGGCAGCUUGGUGAAUGCCCACGGGUCGCAUUCCACCCCUACAGACCCCUCUGCAGAUUGGGCGACUCGGCACAUGCAAGAGGAGCAUCACAUCGAUACCUUUGACGCCGCAUCUUUCUUCACUCUCCACGAUUACGAUUCGUCCGGAGCCUGGACGCCCGAAGAAGUGCGAAAGACAUACGGCAUGGAUGACGAGUCAAAUGCGGGCUUAACGGAGGAGCGAAAACAAGAAGCUCUAAGGGAGGUAUUUACGCUGUUUGACCCAGCCAACACCGGGUUCAUCAGCCGCGACAACUGGCUGCACCUUGUCUCCGAAGGCGUGAUAUUACCAGACUUUGGGUUCGGGCCUGGUCAUCACGGCGAUAUUGAGUACGAGUACGAGAUUCAUCAUUUCGAGAAGUACCACGGCGAGGAUGCGACGGAGGAGGAACUCACGCACCCUGAAGAUAUUGAGCACUUCAAGAGACAUGACGAGGAAGACGAGGCCAUGGAGAAAUUGGACCAGCUUGAACGGAUGGCCAUUGUCGCGGCUAAUAUUCCGGCGAAGUUCCGCAAGGGGCGUGUGUGA